GAUCUUACAUCCGGUCCCACACUUUAAGAGUCGUGGGUCUCUCCUUUUCGCUUUACAUUUUUCUUGAUUGUAGAGAGAAAAAGCCAUGGCAAGAACCAAGCAGACCGCUCGUAAAUCCACCGGAGGAAAAGCCCCCAGGAAGCAGCUGGCCACCAAGGCUGCCCGUAAGAGCGCCCCGGCCACCGGCGGAGUGAAGAAGCCUCACCGUUACAGGCCCGGUACCGUGGCUCUGAGAGAGAUCCGUCGCUACCAGAAAUCCACCGAGCUGCUGAUCCGCAAGCUGCCCUUCCAGCGCCUGGUCCGAGAAAUCGCUCAGGACUUCAAGACCGACCUGCGCUUCCAGAGCUCCGCCGUCAUGGCUCUGCAGGAGGCCAGCGAGGCCUACCUGGUCGGCCUGUUCGAGGACACCAACCUGUGCGCCAUCCACGCCAAGAGGGUCACCAUCAUGCCCAAAGACAUCCAGCUGGCCCGCCGCAUCCGCGGAGAGAGGGCUUAAACUGUCUGCUGCUUCUCCACACACCACAAAGGCUCUUUUAAGAGCCACCAAAUCAUCUUAAAGAGUAUUUCCUUUUUAUUUUUAUUCUGUCUUAAACACGAAACCCACAACCUGUACUUAUUAUGAAGUAUUGGCACGUGAGCUGAAGUGAAGUCGAAGAACGAGAAAACGCCAACGCUUGUAUAUAACUUCUGCUGAACUGCUGUUAACCUUUAAUAUUUUCACUCCUAUUCACAGACCGUGAUCUGAAUGUGAAGUCGUAUAAAACCUACACAGAUGUGUGGAGUGAUCUUUACAUGAAUACAAUGCCGACAUAUGAAGUCAAUUUCGAAAAAAAUAAACAAAUCUAUAAUUGACUAAAAAACAGAAGUAGCUUAUUAAUUUGUCGGUUAAGUAACUAUAAUUGAACGAAUUUUAUGUUGAAAUAAGCUGUGUUGGCUCAGGAGAGACAUUUUUCUAUAAAUAAGAAUAAUUAGAACAAUGUGAAAAAACUGGCGGUUAAAUUAAGAACUGAACAGUUCACAUUUAUUAGUUUAAUCCUGUUCAGUGGAACAGUUUAACCAGCAGAGGGCGAUAAAGCACCAGCAGAAAAGUCCUGCUACAAGAUCCUCUCCUCAGAAUACACAUUUAAGGACACUAUACUAUACUAUAUACUAUAAAAAUAA